AAUGAUGACAAAAAAAUGUUUGCAUAUCAAAGUAAUGAUUUCUUACAGUGUGAACUUAAAGCUGCUGGAUUUGGGCAUUCCCUGCUUACAACUAAGACCAAGGACACAGCUUUGUAUCUGUUAACUAUAUAUUGCAUCUUUAAAAUAAGACAUGAAGAAACAGAGCAACUACGAGAAGGUUUUGAAACCAUCUCCCUUAUCAGUGUGCUAAAAAACAAUCGAAGCAUUUGGAAAGAUGUAUUUCAAUCCACAUCUGACGUUGUGAUUCAGCCUGAAGAUCUUUACAAUCAAUUUAAGUUACCUAAGGCGAUAAAGGAGGCAGAAGAGAAAGCACUGGUGUUUUUUAAAGACUAUGUUAUGUCAUUAGCAAACGGCAAUGAAGAUACAGUUGAUGAAGCUAUCACAACAAAAGACCUAUUAGUAUUUUGUUGCUCUUCGCCAGUUCCUUUAGAAAAUGGCGUUACUCUAAAGUUCAACAGGAGAGGUAAACCAUUGCCUGAUGCAGAUACGUGUCUUUCGAUACUUUCGAUUCCAAUUUGUCAUGAUGCAUAUAACGAUUUCAAAAAGGCAAUUGAUGCUACCUUACGAUUACAAGGACAGGGUUUUGGACGUUUGUGAGUUUGUAAUAUAUAUAUACAUGGUUUUUUUCUUUUUGCCGUCCUAAAACGUCCAAAGUUAUACAAACCUGGAAGUUUAAAAAGAUUAUUAUGUAAGAUUAUUAUAUAUUAUAUAAAAAGAUUGUUAUAUUAU